CCCCCCACCACGAGUCACGACUCACGACAUUGCAGCGGUAUUUUUUUUCAGGCUUAAAGCUAUGCAGUGCCGAUAUUGUAAAUUUUCACAUCUGCAUCAAGACAUUCUCCUUAAGCACUACAGGCUUCAUCAUUGGCAAGCAGGAAACAAUGUUAUUUCGAGUCAUUCUCUCACCUGACAACAUCAGGAAGUUAUCAAUACCCACACCAUCAUCAAUUGAAGAACUCUCUGCAGUUCUCUGUGAAAAAAUGCAGAUAAUGGGAAAUUUUGUUAUCCAGUAUGAAGACCCUGACUUCAACAAUGAACUUUGUACUUUACAUGACAUCACAGAGCUUCCAAAAGACAAGGCUACUUUGAGGAUCCACUGGGAAGUAGUUGUAAGCCCAGUGGUGGACGAUGUUCACGUUUCAGAUUUCACUGUGGAUACAGCAAGCAUGACAUCCACUCAGUCAUCAGCUUUAUCACCCCAAUCAGUUUCUCCUCUAUCUACAUCCAGAUCUGAGCAGUGGCCAAGCAUGUUUCCAGUGCCUUCAUUUUCAUAUGAUGUGGAGUUGAGGCUGAAAAAAGCUAAUGAGGAUCUUCAAGCAAAUGGAACAGCCCUGAUUGUUCCAAGAGACAUGAAAAUGCAUAUCUUGGAGAAAUUGGCUGAAACUGUGUACUCUUACAAAGCCUACCCAAAAGACUCUGAAAUAGAGAAAGUUGCAUCUGCUCUGGUAGAAAAACACCCCAGUCUCAAAGACCCAGGAUCUGACACAAGUGGAUGUGAAGCAUGGAAAGUUAGCCUGAAGUUUAAAAUGGCUAAUUAUCGUCAGAAACUCCGCAAUGCAGGAUGCAGUGAGAUGAUUGUAAAUACCCACUCUAGACAAGGUUCAUCUCGAGGAUCUCUCAAGAGACCCAGAAGAUCUGAACUAAACUUUCUUCCCGACCAUCCUGUUGGUUUGGAUGAAGAAGAAUUGGAGAAGGAAAGGUCAUUGGUGGAGAAAGAAGUGAAAAAGAGAAAUUUGAGCUUGACCAUUUUGAAUGCAAAAAUGGAGACAACAUUUUCCUUGAGGAGAAAGGAAAUUGUGCAGGAUCAGCCGCUGGUGUCAACAAUCAAGCAAAGAUGGCCAGGACUGUUUUUUGAGGAGGAGGUUUGUGCUGAAUUCUUCCGCAUCAACCGUAUUGACCUGAAGUCAACAUUCCUGACAUCGCUGGACAAUCACACCCAGGGGUUGCUAAAGAUGUACAGAGCCAAAGCAAGACAGGGAAGGUGGAACAACUUGGAUGAACUUCUGGAACAACUGGAUGCCCAGACAACAGAUCUAACUACUCAUAGAAGGUCUGCUGUUCUUCGUGGUCUUCCCCUGUACUUGAGAGAGACAGCUUCAAUUUCAAAGACUAUUAAGGAUACUGAGGCACUGGGGCCACACACAAAGGCCAUGAAAAUGGGGAUCCUGGAAGUGACUGACAGUUUUACCAACUCAGGGCCAUAUCCCGCAGUAGUCAAUGUGGCUGUAGUACUGGAGGAGGAAGUUGUCAUGGACAAUCUGGGAGACUUCACAAAUGCCCUCAUGAUGCUCUUUGGUCUGCUGUAUGCUGUAAAUAUGGAGUACCCUAAGGACUUAAGGUACACAUUCGAGGCAGUCCAGAAGAUUUUCUUAAACCUGGGAAAAGAGUGCACAGCAAGGAUACAGUCCUUGAAAAACAAGUUAUUACAGGUGUAAUGGUCAUGACAUGUCAGUCAUUAAGGUAUUUUGAGGUAUCAAAAGUUUCAUGCAAAAGUUUCUGUUAAUGCCAGUGACUUUUUUUGUUGUUGAAUUUUUGUAACUGCUCAGGAACUUGAUUACUUUUCCCCCACACAGUUUAUUUGUGGGUAAAUAGAAUUUCAGUUCAAAAGUUUGUUUCAGCAAUAUCUGAGUGUAUGCUGAUAUUUGAUUUGUAAAGCAGUCAUCCCUGAGAAAUCGCAGAAUAUUUAAUUUAAGCAGAGAUUUUUUUU